CGCAGCAUCGGAUGGUGCAUGCACUGUGCUGACGAGCCGUUGCUUGUGGAAACAGCUGGUGGUUUCUGUCAGCGAACACUUCGGCUUGAGAGCGGCAUUAGUAGAAUUAAAAGUUCAAAUUAGACUUGAAACUGACUGAGCGCGCUUUGAUUUUGACCCUCUGCUGCUGUCCCGUCAGACGCCGGGAAAUGUCAUCCUGUAAACGCCACUUUAUCGGGGAGUUGUUAAUUAACAACCUAGCUUGUUAACUGCAGUUCAGUGACGCUCGACGCAGCCGGCGGCUAACGCCAGCUAGCUAGCUAACUUUGUACUGCCAUAGCAACUACCACGAUACAGGUGUUCUGUCAUCGCAGGCGAACCUGCCUGUUUUCUGACAGUGGAGGGCGAGGUUUUUGUUUCGUUUCAGCAUGACUCAUAUUCAUUAUAAAUUCUCCUCCAAACUCAGCUACGACACUGUGGUUUUUGACGGCCCGCACGUCACCCUGAGGGAUCUGAAGAGGCAGAUCAUGGGCAGGGAGAAGCUCCGAGCCGGGGACUGCGACCUGCAGAUCACAAACGCCCAGAACAAAGAAGAGUACACAGAUGAUGAGAGUUCGAUCCCCAAAGGCUCCUCCGUCAUCGUCAGGAGAAUCCCAAUCAUUGGAGGAAAGUCCGGCAGCAGCAAGACCCGCAACGUUGAGCGAUCGGAUGUCCAGCACCACGCCUUUGGAGCCUACAAAGCAAUGGAUGACCAGAAUUCUUCCAGAGCCGUACCCUUUUUCUCCAAGAUGCAGAACCUGGCUGAUGUCGAUGCGUCAGAAGAGGAUAAGAUUAAAGUUAUGAUGAAUCAGUCAACCUACGACUCCAUGAAUUACAACAAGAAGUUUGGUACUGCACUUCCUGCGAACUACACCUGCUAUCGCUGUGGAAAUACUGGACACCACAUCAGGAACUGUCCCACCAGCGGGGAUAAAAUCUCAGAGGCCCCUCUGAAAAUAAAGAAAAGCACAGGCAUCCCUCGUUCCUUCAUGGUAGAGGUGGACGAUCCAAACAUAAAGGGAGCCAUGCUGACCAACUCUGGACGCUACGCGAUUCCUACCAUAGACGCUGAGGCGUACGCUAUUGGCAAGAAGGAGAGGCCUCCAUUCGGUCCACAGGAGGAGACUAAGUCAGAAGGCGAGGAGGACCCUGUACCUGAGGAACUCCUCUGUCUGAUCUGCCAUGACCUGCUGAGUGAUGCUGUGGUCAUACCCUGCUGUGGAAACAGCUACUGUGAUGACUGUAUUCGCACUGCCUUACUGGAUUCAGAGGAACACGUCUGCCCCACUUGCAGCCAAUCAGAUGUCUCACCCGAUACCCUGAUAGCCAAUAAAUUUCUCCGACAGGCUGUGGACAAUUUUAAGAAAGAGCGUGGCUUCACUAAAAGUCUGAGAAAAGGGUGUGGUACCUCCCAAUCCCAAAAUCCAACCCCGACACCGAGCCCUGUCCCCACCCCUCCCCCUCUCGCUGUGCUGAGCCAACCUCAGAAGCCUCACCUGCCAACCCACAGCCAGCAGGACCCUCUCCGCUCGCAGGCUGCAGACACACCGCCAUCGUCUCAGGUGUGUGGGGCUCCGCCCACAGCUACAGGCCCCGCCUCUGCUCCCAACACGCCAAGCACUUCCCUCCAGCCUGCGCAAAGCCACCUGGAGAUACCUGACAAAGAGGCUGAAGAAAAGACACACGAUGACUCAGCAGCUGCUGCCGCCCCGUCUGUGCCGGUUUCACCAGAAGAACCCACUGAUGCGCCAUCGCAGCUGAUACCAAUGGUUAUCCCUACUCCAGUGGCAGAGCAGCCCCAGACAGUCAGUGUGAAUCUACAGCAGCCCUCCUCAGGUCCAGCCCCGAGACCCUACGGGCCGUCACCGUCCUGGGAUAGCCCCUCUUCCUCCUCGGGUUGUCCUAUUGGAGGCUGGAAUGAGUCUAAAACCCAGCAGCUCCCUCCCUCCUCCUCUUCAUAUCCAGCAACUCCUCCACCUCCUCUCUUUCCCUCCCCCAAUUUCCACACAUUCCUCGCCGCUCAUCAGCCUCUCAGCGGUUACCCCCCUGGAUACCCACCCCCCGCGCCCGUCUGGACACUCCCAAACCUCCAGGGUGCCCCCAUCCCUUCCCUGUGCCCCUCUACCUCCAUCCCUGCCCUCAUCCCCAAGGAGUGGUACAGGCAUCAGAGGAAGAAGAAGGAAAGGUCACCUCACCGAGGAUCUUCCCACAGACGCUCUUCCUCUCGUUCUUAUUCAAAGUCUUCCAAGUCCAAGUCUUCUCGCUCGUACUCUCGUUCUUCCAGCAGAUCCAGAUCCCGGUCCAGGUCCCAAAGCAGAUCAAGGCCCCAAUCUCCUUACUCUCGCGAAAGAGACCUCCAAACCCGCUCUCAUUCCUCCCACUCCUAUAGCUAUGGUUACAAACGUUCCCCUACACCGUCCUCGUCAUCUUCACCUCGAGUGGGUUACCGUGCCAGGUCCAAGUCACCGUCAGGUCACCGCAAAAACAGCCAUCAUAGUCGGCAUCACAGUAAGAAAUCCGCUUCGAGCAGCUACAACUCCAGGAGGCAAGGAGAACAGUCCCAGAGGGAAGCGGGGGGCUCGGGGGGAAGUUACCUGUAUGCCCAGCACGCAGAUCAAAGUAGCAGCCUGGACCUGAACACAAAGCGCUACCUGCAGUGGAAAAGGGAGUACAAAGAGUGGUAUGAUAAAUAUUUCCCCAGCUAUGUCGGACACUUCCAGCUGCCUCUUCCCCUCCUCAAUCUUCCUCCUCCUCCUCCUCCUCAGUGGGGGGGCCAAGAAGGAAGCGGAAAUCCCUCGCACGCCAGCUCCCGCGACCGAUUCCAAGGUAGACGCGGCGCGCGGAUGGACGGCUGCUCCCCUCCAUCGCAGUCAUCCAGUGACAGCCGCUCCCCUCCAUCCCAGUCUUCACGUGACAGCCGCUCCACGCCAUCUCGGUCCUCCAGUGACAGCCGCUCCUCUCCGUCGCACUCGUCCAACGACAGCCGGUCCCCUGCCUCUCGGUCGUCCAGCGACGGACGCUCCACGCCGUCCGAAGAUGGAGCUCCGCCGACGGCAUACCAGCAGAGGUGCGCUGAGAAGUCCAGCCGCCUGCCAAUCGCACUUACAAAGGGCGGUAAGGAAGCGAAACCGCAAGAAAGAAGUGAGGACGAUAAGCCGCUGAUGGCGAAGAAUUUGGAGAACCUCAGCACCUUAAAACAUGAGGAAGGAAGAGGAGGGGAGUCAUCAUCCCCUAAUACCGCAGGCUCAACGGAUGACAGCAGAAAGAACAAGAGGAGACCCAACACUGGACCAAAUGUCUGCAAGGAUGGCACCCCAGCACGGGACCAAGCAACUGGCAGCGAUGCCUUAGAACCAGUCCAAUCACUCGUGAAACCAGGUAAACGUUUGGAUAAAGACUACGAAAGAAAAAGCAGAGAACAGAGGAAUUUGGAAAUCGAGAAAGGAUGGAGAAGAGGCAAACAUUCAGACUCCCGGCAGGAUGUGGGGAGACGGCACAAAGAAAGGCCCAGUAAAGAGGCAAGCAGGGCGGAUCCAGACAGACACAGAUACCCUGGAGGCAGCAGGGAUUAUGACUCGAGAUCAGAGAAGAAUAGAAAAAGAAAAGGAGAGGACAUUGGGAGAAGCUCCGUAAAGGCUCAAAGCAGCAAAUGCCUGAAAACUAAAGUUGCAGAGGACCCCAAAACCCGCAAGAGCGAAUCCCCGAAUCCGUUUGAGAGAACCAAGCCGAAAACGGAGAAGAAAAAGGAGAAGAAAACAUGUCCUCUGACAGAGAGAGAAAUCUGGGAGGGAGGAAUAAAGGUGAAACCACAGAAGAAGAUAAGCAUCAACAUAAACCUGGAAGGAGCGAGGAAGGACGGGAAAACUGAGAAACGGGACAUGUCUCAUUCAGAGAGCGUCACAGGAAGAUCAAAGGAAGAAAUGGAGAAGGCUGGUAAUGGAGAGGAGGAGAAGUUAAAUGGAGGAGAGACGAUGAAAGCAAAUGAAAAGAAUGAAUCCAGCAGAGACGUGGAAGGUUUGUCUGAGGAAAAAAUCCAACCAGGUGAAGGAGAGGCAAGACAGAAAUGGGAGAAAGCUACCUUCAGAGAUGAGAUGGGAGAGAUGUUGGAGAAAAUUGCAGGAGAGAAACAAGAUGUGGGAGAGAAGAAAGAGGACCGAGAAAAGGAAGACUUUGACUUAUGGCCCAGCCCCCUUAGAGGAGUGGCGGAGGAAAAGGAGAGGAAGGAAGGACAAGCAAUGGGAGAGUUAUUCGCAGGUACCCGGAAGGAGAGGGCAGAGGGAGAAAGCACAUGCCAGGAAAACAGAGGAAUCCCGCCGGGGGAGUCAAAGCCAAAGGAGGAGCUGAUAAAGGGAGUGAAGUGGAGGAUGAGGAAAGACGAAGAAGAAGAAGAAGACAACCACGACAACACAAUGAGGUCCAAGUCACAAAGGGGCAGAAACGAGAGCCACCAUGACACACCAAACACCGCGGUGCACGAUGGCAGCAGCUACGAGGAUCAUCAGAAAGGGAACACAUGGUUGGAAACUCUGGAAGAGUACACCCAGGACAGAGCUGCAGACCUAGAGGACGAGCUCAAACUCCUACAGGUCCCUCGCCCCAAAUGGGAGAAGGAAGAGUCUGAGGAGGAGGAGCGGGUUGAAGGAGUGAGCAAAGUUCAAACAGAUGCACUUGCCACGUUUCUGCCUUCGCCGUCCGUGUCCGUGACGACCGAGACGACAACCAACAGGGAUGCAGAGAAUGAAGAGAAGCGAGAGAGGUCAGAGGAGACGGAGAGAGAGGAGGCCAGCGCCAUGGAGAGAAGUAGGGACAGGGAGAGAGCGAGAGAGAAAUCCCCCGUUCUGUCCAGUUCACAGAGAAGUGUGGCUCCCUCUAGUGGCAAAGACGGAACUGACAGCGCCUUGUGCACAGACCGAGACGGGGAGAAAAGGAUGGAGAUGGAGAGACAGAGGGACAGAGAGAGAGGGAGGGAGAGCGAGAGGCAGAAAGAGAGCAAAAGAUCAAAAGAGAGAGCAAGGGAGGAAGAGAAUGGGAGAGACAGAAAGAGAGAGAGGGGGCACAGCAGCAUUGCCUCCGCCCAAAAGAGGAACCCUCCCUCCUCUUCUCACUCCUACUCUUAUUCGACACAGAGACAUGACACAGAGAGGAGAGACAGGCAGAGAGGGGGCGACACGGACGGCAACAAGAGUUCCUCCUGUCCCGGCAGGAAAUUCUCCGGUGGCAGAAGCAGGGAAAGCAGCGCGAUGAGCAGAGCUGCCGAACUGCUUGGUCAAAAUACCCACAGAUCAUACAGAGACACGCCACUGGAUUCGAAAUUUAAAGACAAAGACCAUCCCCACUGCUGCCACAAUCCCCAAGAUCCAUCAGGGAACAACAGACCUGCAGGGACCCACCACUCCCCACCUUCCCUCUCUCACAGCCGGGGUAAGGAGAGAGACCCACUCUCCUCCGGGGCGGAGCUGGGUAAGCCCAGAAUGAGCAGCCCUGGUCAGGAGUUCAUGCAGAGCAGAAGUAGAAAUGAGAGCAGGGUUGAAAAGGAGGAGUGGAAGCAAAGGAAGGCAACUAAAGGCAUAGGAGAGAGAGAAAGUCAAGAGAUGGUGUCUGAGAGAGAAGGAGGUAGUCGAUGCAAGGAUGAAGCCGACGAGUUGGACGGACAGACCAAGUGGGAGGGAGGGAGAGAGCUGGAGGAAGGGGAGAGGCCCAGCAGCCGCAGCAACAGCGUCAGUUCAUCAGCAAGCCAGGAGAACAGCAGGGACGGCGAAAGAAAAGAGAAUAAGAACCAAAAGAAGCGCCAAAAGGAGAAGAGACGAUCCUCCCCAGAGCUGCUGGAGGAAGGGGAGCUGAAGAAACACAAACACAAGAAGAAGAUGUCACAGAAAAGCAGAGACGGGGGGGAAGAAGAGAGUAGCGCACGCUAAGCUCUGCUCAGUUAUGUUAUGUUGACUCUCAGAGAAAAGAAAAUGAAAUUUACUUGAAUGAUGUUUUUCCUUUCUCUGUCCAAAAAGUGCCUGGAUUUUCUUUUUCUUUUCUUUUUUUCAACUUGAUUUAGUUUUGCCAGGAUACUUUUUUGUAUCACCUUGAGAUAUGUCCUAUCAAAUAUGCAUCAUCCAAACUGAAAGUGAACAAAAUGUGAAGGAAAAGCACUUUAUACUAUAGAUAAGAAAAUGAAUGUGAAUGAAAGCAAAUGUUAAACCUAGGACCUCUUGAAUUAUUUAGAGUUCAAGGAAUUUGCACAUGCUCUCAACUUGCUCAGGACUGCCACCAACCAUGGUUUCUAUACUGAACCUGUGAUGUUACAGCUUGCAUGGAGGAUAUCUUUUAUUUUGACAAGAGGCCAGUCAGUAAUUUGAUUUGCCUAACACAGAAGCACAGGAGUGCAUAUAGAGGAUUAUUAAAAAGAGUGUAUGAUUAAUUUGAAACAUACUGUGAAUAUUUAUGAUUUGAACCUCUGUGUUGUAUUUUAUUUUGUAAUGUUUAAUUAAAAAAAAAAAAAAAAAAAAAAAA